AUGGCUGAGCAAAACCGGAAGCGAUCCAGAAUCGCCUGCACCUCUUGUCAGUCCCGCAAACGCAAAUGCUCUGGCGACCAGCCAUGUACAACCUGCGCGCAAUUUGGCGCAGACUGUCACUAUGACCUGCUCGCGCGCAAGAAGAAAGACAUUCGGCAUUUUCAGUCGCAGUCAGCAGCAAGCUCCCUUCUAAGCCCAGCAACCGUACAGAACGACCUUGCCUCGAAACGACAACACGAUCAACAAACGAAUCCAGCCGCUUUGGCCGGGCUCUUACUGAAGGCCCUCGAAGCAAACUCCGGUGCCGCUUUUGCGAGACGCCUGAAUCCAAAGAAUGAUGUUGCGGGUGCCCCGAAGCUGCACCUCUUCGGUUGGAACGUCGGUGCCCGUUACCCAAUCCCAGAAUGGUCACAGGCGCUGGCGUCUGUGAAGGCCCUGCCUGUGGUCGACAUCAUUUCCCAAGACGAGAUGCGCUCGCUCGCGGGUAUCUUCUUUGACAAAGUUGAUCCGUGUUAUCCCUUCAUCGACCGGGAUACUCUAUUGCGCCAGGUGAGCAGACGAUGGCUGCCCGUGACAUCGGAGUCUUUGGGUUUCGGGCCGUACGAUGCUGUCCUAUGCGGCGUUGCUGCUUUUGGGUAUCUUUUUUCGCGCCGACGGGCCGCUCCGAAAGAGUUGCAGCUUAUUGAGUCUGCCCGGUCAAUCCUAGAGCAGGGGCUACAGAACGAGCCACUUUCCCCGGUCGACACAGUGACGGGAUGGGUGCUCCGAGUGGCGUACCUACGCAUGACAACGACCGCUCACGCCGCCUGGAUGGCGAGCUGCUCCCUGAUGCACCUCAUCGAGGCAACAGGAAUGCACAUCGAACCCUCAUCAAACACAGCUCUUGACCGUGCAACGACAACCGAAUCCUGCAACCCAGAAACCCGCCGGCGCCUCUUCGCCAUGGCCCGCCAUCUGAACGUCUGGAUCUCAUUCGAGCUCGGCCGCUCCCGCGUCGUUUUACAAGGCGCAACUUCCCUUCCACCAAGCCCCCGACCAACAACAAAUGGUUUCGCAACGACAACUGCAACCGACAUCUUCAACCUCCUCCCCAUCUCCGAAAGCCUAGAUCCGAACGAAGCGCAGGACGUUCCGAACCUCGAAUCUGCCCUGGCGGACGUCCUCGACAUCAUCUACAUACAGCCGCAUCUUACCCUCGUUCAAUGCAACUUGAUGCUCUGCAUUUACCGCCGCCUGCGAGCGCUCAACUCUAUUAUCUCCGGCGACCUCCUCGACCGUGUCCUCACGCUAUCCGGAAAGGGGCUAAAAGCCUCAUCAGAGCUGGUAGCAACAAGCUCCCCCUGGCAUCAAAUCGCGAAUGUGCCCUUCCAGGUAGUCUGCACGCUAUUAGCAAUUGAUAAUCGUGCCUCGCUCGCCAUGCUGCGGGAUGCGAUGCGGACACUGCAUGAAGUGGCGUCUGCAUAUGACACGGAAGUCAUGCGCGAGGCAUACACGACGGCGUACUUGAUGAUUAUGAUGCAUCAGCGGAGAAAGGAAGAGGAUAUGCAGACGCUGAGGGAUGUUCUGCAGUUUAACCCAUCUGUCUCGAUCCCCGCUGAGACGCAGCUUAGAGAACCGGCUGUGCAGUCCGAUCAUACGCUUAUGGACUAUCCGGGAUUUUCGUGGCUGAGUGAUAUCCUUGUUGAUAUUCCCAGUCUUCGAGACUUCGAUAUGGAGGGACUAUGA